AUGCUUUCCGAGACCGAGUACAUAAUUACACAUUUAGACGCUGACUUUGCCACGCAAGGAGCCGAUCCUUGGGAUACACUGAGCCCAGUGGACGUCCUUGCAAAACUGCCAGCGAGCUUUGCUGAAGGUGUUGAAUCAAAGAAAUGGCAGGAACGAAGGGAUGCACUGCAGUUGUUACUUACACUUUGUACCGAAAAUCCAAGGCUGUGUCCGAAAGCCAAUUAUGGCGAGCACGUAGCAUUGCUCAAAAAGAUUUUGGAAACGGAUCCGAAUAUUAACGUUUGUGCCCAAGCAGCUCGCUGUCUGACAGCAUUUGCAACGGGUCUGCGCAAAAAAUUCGCGCAACAUGCAACUUUAGUUGCGUCAACGAUAUUCGAAAAAUUUAAGGAGAAAAAACCAGUGCUUAGAGAUCCUCUCAUAGAUUGUAUUGAUGCAGUGGCUGCCUCGGUACGUUAA